CAAUGAGUGUGGAUCGUUAAGUUUUUCUCUGACACGUGUGCCUUUUCACCGUGAUUAAUCGCAUAAUCUACAUAAAUUUCUACAUUUCCAAGAAGACAGUCGAAACAUUUGAUUUGAUUGUACAUUUGAAUAAUAAAAGAAGUCGUGGUCGUUGGUUGGCAGUGUGAUUUUCUGACGUGGACCGACAUAAAAGUUCUCGAACUUUUUUGUCAAGCAUAAAAAGUGUUAGUGAGAGAAAGAAAAAUAUAAAUUCGUGGAACUCGUGACUAGAUAAAUACAUCUGAGAGACUACUGCGGAAAGUCACAUUCAGUGACUAUUGGGAUGACAACAACGGAGAAUUAAUCGGACUAGAGAGGAGAGGCCAUCCAGAAUGGUAUUAACCGUGACCGAGGACACGCCAGCAGACAUGCUAGCCGGUAGCAUGGAGCUCCUGGUCCAGUUACCUCGGGAGUAUCAUCUUCAAACGCAAAGGGUCACGGUACAGAGAAGUACGCCGAUGAUGGAUCUCCUUGUGCAGAUUACCACGGCUCACAAGUUAACAGCUUCCAGUUACACCCUUCAAGCCAUUGGAGAGCGUGGGAUGAUUCUACCUCAUCAGCCCAAUACACCAAUCGGUGCUUUGGAUGCACUCCAGGUAAAAUUGCUACCCAAACAGGGCACUUUGGUACCAAGAAAAGCCAAGCAGGUUAAUCAACCGUUCGAAACUACGUUUAGGUUACAGGUACAUUUACCGAGAAACCAGCUCUACGUGUCCAGAGUCAGUCCCAAGAUGAACCUAGGCGAGAUCUUAGAAGAAGUAUGUCGUGAAAAAGAUUUGGAUAAAAACAAGUAUGAACUACAUCAUCCAACAAACUUGGAGACACUGGAUUUGUCGUUGUCCUUGCAAGAUUAUCAUCUUCAGGAAGUCACCUUGUAUGCUAAGCAAGGUAGAACAUUAAGCUCAGCGCUCAGUACCCAGGAUAUAAUGGCUCUGCAGAGACAAGAGGAGCGACGUAGGCAGCAGGCGAAACAAGGUGUAUUUGGAUUUGUGUUCAAGAAAUCUAAGGAGGGUUCCUUGAGUACGGAUAGUCUUGGUGAACGCAGUGCAUCGCCAGCGAGAAGCGAUGAGACUGGAAGAAGCACGAGUCCUCUACAACCGCCUGCCAGACCUCAGAGAAAACGAAGGCCUGCACCAAAGCCGCCUAUUCAGGGUCAAGCAGAAGGUACGGAGGAAAGCUCUGGAGAUUCAAGCAAAGAUAAAGUGGUAAUAAACCACAGUCGCAAUAGUAGUGAUAGUUCUGGUUACCAUGAGGCUUCUGUGUUAAGUGACAACCUAGACUCCAGUGGAAAACUUCCAGAAACAUUGCCAAGAAGAAACAAGGCUCCAUUAGAAGUACCCAGGAAAUUAGCUCAAACAUCUCAGUCCAGCAAAAGCCUGAGCAACCUGGCUUCUGUACCUGGUACGCUUAGUCAUGGAAUUAGCAGUACCUCAUUGAGUUCCACAGGAUUACGAAAGAAAAGGGUUGCACCUCCUCCGCCAGUCUCCAGGCCGCUGUCGUCCGCAAUCUCCACCCAAGGACUUGAACGCAUAGUCGAUUCCGAAGAAUCUCUAACUUCAGAUAUAGAUCCUUCUAAACCACCUUCGGAUAUCGGUGUUCCAUCUAAAGCGAACUCAGACAUAGAAGAACGUCCAAAAGCUAGUUCAGAUAUCGGAGUAACAACAGUUGCUUCAAAAUUAUCAGGAAGCAUUGAUUUCACAAGCUCAGAAAUCGUGAAAACGGAAUUAGAAUCGAAGAAUAAUAAAUCCAAAGUUGAUCCGUGUUCUAGACUUGGUUCUACAAAUGUUAAAUUAUCUGGUACAGAGCCAGAGCACCCUGCUCCCGUAGAAGAUGCUCCUGUAGACUCUAGAGUGCUGCGGAAGAGAGUUGGAGAACCUGUUCCACUUCCCAAGCCUAGAAAAGCUGCCCCAAUGCGACCUGAGGUACCAAAACGCAAGUUAGCACCGCCUUGCCCAUUGAUUACAAUUCCCAGUUCAGAUUCCAACCACGUAGACUGCUUGCUAAAUGCUUCUACACGCUCCAGUACCAGAAGUUGCACGGAUGACGAGAAUUUAAAUAUGACUGACGAAAAGAGUUAUACCGAGAGCGUUGGCUCUAGCAAUGGAAUCUUCUUCAAAUCUGAGGAGAAGCUGGACAUAGCUUCUGACUGUUCUACUAGUGAAGAUGAAAUAUUUAUGACACCUGGAAUUGAUCAGAUUGAAGCAAGUUUCGAUUAUAGUUCAAUAAACCUAGAAGAGAAGAAUAAAAUUGAGUCUAUGAACUUGACUUUAAAAGAUGAUGAUGAUGGGGCUAAUUAUGAAGUAGAAUCGAAUAUAGAUGGAAAUAAAGAGAAUAUAGACAUUUCUUUGAAUCAAGAUUCCACAAUAAAAAAUGUACACAGUUCAAUACUAAUUAAGGGUACUUCCAGUCAAGAAAAGAAACUAUGUGCUGUGAUUUCUACAAUGCCAAAAUGUGACCACUUAAAUACAUUGAGUGUUAACAAUACAGUUACUCAGGAGAGCUUAAAAGAACCAAAGAGAGGUAAAAUCCUUCGAACAGCGUCAAAGUCGAAUGAUUUUGAAAUUAAUUCAUUGGAAAAACAGAAGAGACAUUUAACAUCUCAUGCAGAGGAUAUCAUGUUUGCCUUGAAUCUAAAUGUGACUUCUAGUAUUGAUCUAUUGUCUGAAAAGGAGAAGCAAGAUACUGGUUCCCAAGGUGUGGGUGGAGAAAAAUCCUAUGUUGCAGUAGGUCCAUCAGAUACAGAUCCCUCAGAAACUGAUGUCCUGCUCCAGAAAGUAUCUGACACCUUGUCCAACUCUUUGCCCGUUUCAUCACCCAAUGAAAUACAAGAUUCUCCAGUUAACACAAAAUUAGAGCUAGCAAAUUUCUCUCAAGAAACGAACCAAAAAAACAAAAAGAAUGCUGAGUACACCAAUGAUUCCAACAUGAACACUAGCACAACAAAUUUAACUGUAAACUCACAACAGGAUACAUCAGAUUACAUAUCGGCAGCUGACGAAGAUUUAUCUGUCACUGAAUGGGAAUAUCAACUUCCAGCUCCUCCAAGUGCUUUUAGAGACAGUUCCUCUCCGGUCUUCGACAACUUUGAAAUGAUUACUCCUUCACCUGAGUCUUUUAGGGACUCAGAAACUAAAGAAAUAGUUGAGACAUUAAAUAAUAAAGACUUGAAGAACAUUCUAGAAAAAAUAGAAAGACAAGAAAGUAAGGACCAAGUACAAGAAAGUGAAGUCAGGAAGGAACAAAAAGAAAAGUUGUAUCAACAACGAAAGCCAGAUUUGAUCAUGAAAAAGGAGGUGAUUUAUGAGCUAGAAAACAAAAUAGGUACUUUGCCUCAAGCUGCAAAGGAUGUGGACUCUAGGAAGGCAGCAAAUCUAUCAAUCCCUAAAAUUGCUCCUGUGGAUAAUACCUUAUCAAAUUUUACCAUAACAACGUACAGUAAACAAAAAAAUCUAAAUAUAUUUGAUGAAGUACAGGAGCAGUCUAGAGGAAAAAAUUGUGAUGAAAGGUUUAUUAAAUCGUUUGCAACAUUGUCCAGAAACAAGAGAAGUCUAAAUGACAAUGAAGAUAAAAAUUCGAAGGAACUCAGUGUUGGAGCUCAUAAACUGAAUAGUAAGAAGCUGGAACCAAAGAUACAAGUGGAAUCCAUACAAAGGUGUCCAUCUGGCAACGAGAAGAGUAAUAUUCAACGAUCCAAAAGUUACAUAUCUAUAGGUGACAAACUUAACUAUCAGGGUAACGUAUAUGAAGAUCAGGUUAUUAAAACUGGAAAAAAUUUGGAGAUGGACGAUGCCGGAAUGAAAAAAGCAACGAGCAUAAGCAACUUAAACAUAAUUACGCCUAAAAAUAAUGAACAAUUCUCGCAAUGGCGGGAUAAUAUUUUGAAGCGACAAGAAAAUCCUACCAAAGAAAAGCAACUGCAAUCUUUACAGGUGCUGAAAAGCAUUUUACCGCAGUUGAAAAAUGCUCAACAGGCGGAGGAAAAUGUGCCCAAAGAUUUGAGUAAUACAGUAUUAUCUGAAAAAGCGAAGUCCGGGACUACGUCUAACGAACAUUCGAUUGAAUCGAAUGUCGUUUCGAUUCGUGAGCCUCAGACAGCACCAAGUAAUAAAAUAGAAUCAGAGCCCCAAAGAUCACCUUCUCAAACGAAUACUAAACGUUAUAUCUAUUCAGGACCUCCCACAAUCAACUUAGGUAGCUGGUCUGAACGUCCAAGUAUCAAUGUUCAAAUAAAGACAGAUACAGACUAUAAAUUUGGAAUAAAACAAGCAAACAGUAAAACGAUUGUUAAUAUCAAUGGCAUUAAAGAUGAAGUAAACACCUCCAGUGACGAAAUUGAUAAUUCCAACAAAAUGCAAAAAUGUAAAUUUGAGGAGCCUGAUAAACUAAACAAGAAAUUGAUUACUCAUACAGUUUCAGGCUUCAAAAAACCAAUAUUAAAUAAAAUUAAUAGUUCAGAAUCGAAAGUUACUAAUGACAAACCAGUUGUAACAGGUGUAGAACUAAAAAAGAAUUUCAUGGAAAAUAAACAGGAUGAUAAUGUUAUAGAUACUACUCCAGUGAAUUUUAAAGAAUUAACAAAAGCGUUUGGCCAAGACAUUUGCAAUCGACCGAAACCGAAACGAUCCAAUACGAUCCAAUGUUCAAAUUCUUCGUUGGAAAAUGAUUGCAACAAGCAUAAUGGACAUAACUCCAAUCAAACCUUAACAAAUGCCUACCAAAAUACUAUGAAACCUAAGAAAUUUACUUCAAUUGUGGGCAUUCCAACACAAAGUCAAAGUAAUAACGUGAUGUUUAGAAAUGGACUAAAUAUGAAAAGAAAUCAGCCAUUGCCCAUUGUAAGAAGCUUCAAAUUAUCAAAUAUCAAAAUUAUUGAGGGCCAAAACAAUGAAAACCAAACUCAAGUAUUGAAAGAGGGCUCAAAGGAAGGAAUAAAAGAAGAUGGUAUUAAAAGAUUACCUAAGGAGUCAACGAAUGGCACUCCAAGGCCUCCUACAAUGCCCGUGAUAACAGGUGUAACAUUAAAAAGUGCAAGACCCAAGUCCAUGCCUGUUCAGAUGGACCAGCGAGAUAUAUUACUGGAAUCGAUUCGAAACUUUGGCGGUCGCGAGAACUUAAAAAGUGCCGCAGAGAGAUGUUAGCUGCUUUUCAGAAUUUAUCGGAAAUAUUCCCAUCCGAGGGUAAUAUCGGAAAUCUGGCAAAGGAUGUACCAUUCCCAAGGAGACAUUUUUGGUGCUUUAAGUCAUACAACCUUAAUAAUAGAAAAAAAAGUAAUUAUCGACAUAAUAGGAAUUUUGGGGCAAAGAAAGUUGUUUAUGUGUACCUUAUGAUCACGAUCAAACAUUUAUUUUUAAUGUUUUUUGUUGAUUAUCCAAUCUAAUUUUUUCGAAAUCAUUCCAUUGACAGAUUCACUGACUAAUAAUCUGCAAAGGACAGUCAUAUUAGUCAUUCACGUGUAUAUACCGUGUGUAAAAAUCGGGACAAUUAAAAAGAAAAAUUAUCGAUAGAAAAGAAAUCAGUCGAUGAUGUGUACAUAUCGUUUAGUUGUGUAAAGCGAUAAGGGGAAUGUUGUUUUUUCGUGUCCAAAUAGUCAACGGACCGGUUUAAGUUCGUUUUCAAAAUAUUGUUGCUCAUUAUACGAUGCAGUCCAUGCAAUUUUUGUUAAGUUUUUCUUUUUUUUUAUCAGUUCAAUCAACCGUUCGUUCCUAAUCUCAAUAGAAAGAGGAUCGAAGAUAGGUUAGAUCUGAACGGUUGAGUCAAUGUUGACUAACAUUUCCUAUUCUUUAUGAUUAACAUUAAGUUUCUAUCAUUGGGACCAAAGGUGACAUUUUUUAUUUCACGUACUGUACAACGAAUUUAGAUGCAGUUAGGGUAUGUGUGUGUUUAAUUAUGAAAGAUUAUCUUUUUUUUUCCUAAAAAAGAUUGCGUGUAUGCGAAAGGAAGAGAGCGAGAGAGAAAGAGAGAAAGAAAAAGAGAGAAUCUGGUCAGUCAUAUAGGUUGGAAAUUAUUAUAAUUAUGAUUAUAUUCUUAAUGUGCGUUAACAAAGUUUAAA